AUGUAGUAAAUUGAUAUUGAUGUGAUAAAUUGUAACAUGCUUAAAGAUAAUGAAGACAGUUAAGGAAUCCUUUAUCAUACUAAAACUCAUAGGGAUUAGUUGAGAGACAGUUACUUCUCUAGUAGGAAUGUUGAAAAUAUAAUUAAAUUUAGACGUGCUAAUUAUCAAUAUUACUAAUUUGCUAAAUUCCAUUAAACAAAAGCAAAUGAGAUUACCCAUUAUUAAUUAAGAAAAUGUUUACUAUAUAAUUAAUUUUCAAAUUUGCUUAUUUAUACUAGCUAUAAUAGAUUAUGUUUUUACAAUCCAUGUAGCUAUAAAUAAUCGAUUUAUACGAUUUCUUAAGACUUUAAUAUUGUAGGAAUAAGUCAAUAUGAGGAUAAAAUAUUAUUGUAAAUAUUAAAUAUAAAGUAAGGGCUGGUUUGUAAUCAAAUAUACUAUUUUUUUCAUUGAAAACUGGUGAUACAUAAGAAUAAAAAUUGAAUCUUAACUAAGAAUGCAUAAUUAAUUAAGCUGAUUUCAUAAAUGAUCAGGAGAUUAUAAUAAGUGACAAUGAUAAUCAAAUUCGUAUUUUUGAUGCUGAUAAUUUAAACCAAGAAAAAUAUUUAGCAUUAUGUAAAUAAUCUCAAUAAUAAAAGGUUCUCAUUGUGUUAAUCAUUGUGCAAUUAAAUAAGAUUUAAUUAUAGCUUGUUUAGAUUAACCCUUAGUAAUUGGUCAUGAUAGAAGAUAAAAGAAACCUAUCUUUUCUUUAUAAGGACAUUAAUGCAAUAAUUUUGCUGCAUAAUUUGAUCCCAUUAAUGAAAAGAAAGUAGCAACUUCUGGUGAGGAUAAAUAAUGUAUAAUAUGGGAUUUGAGAAAAUUAGAAACUCCUUAUGAUAAAGUGGAUGCAAUCUCAAAACCCUUUUAUAAUAUUUAAUAUAAUAAUUAAGGUUAAUUGAUAUGCAUUGAAGGUGAAGAUUUUGUUUAGAUAGUUGAUGUGUAGAAUACAAAGUUAUAUUAAAUAAUUGAUUUUUUUGGGUAAUGUAGUGGAUGCACAUUUUACAAAGACAAAAUGUUCUUUAAUUUGCAAUCUCAUCGAAAAAUGGGCUUAUUUGAGUAUAAUUUAAUUAAUAAUAAUAAUAAAUUUUGA